AGCACGUUUGUCUUCUACUAAGACAGUAACAGAGAUUUCCACUUUGUUUUCUUUUAUUUUCUAUGGCCAGGCCUGUAUAUAAACUGACUGUUUUUAUUUAACUUUCACACUUUAUUUAUCUUUGCAAGACUGGAAAGUCAGCUUUUCUACUGUAUUCUAGUCCCUCCAGGCUUCCUGUUUUCUCUGACUCCCUUUGAAUUUUAUUUUCUUUCUUUCUCAGCACACCUUAGCAGACUGACCUCAGUGCAUGUUCUCUGCAUGACAUACAAUAAUACAAAGGCCUCUAUUUUUAAAUUAAAGAAAGUUCUCUGUUAACGAGACUAUUCUGCAGCAUUGCAACUGGCUGGCUUAUCCUCACAGACAUACAGACUCAUUCCUGCAUCAAGCUAAUAGGUGCAUGGCAUUGGAAAUAUUCACCAAGCCAUGACAAAUACAUGUUCUAGAACCGCUUUAAUAACCUGAAUGUCCAACUUAAAGCAGGCAGCUUUUCUGGAGCUGUUCCACAAUCUCAUGGGUACAGUGGUUAAAAAUCUUAUUUCUAUCCAUGGCUAGAACAUCUUAACCAUUUUUUGGAAUGUCCUCACUUCUCUCACCAUCAUCUUCCAGUGUAUUUCUAAAAGGUAAUGUAUCCUCUUUCGUAAGUUCUCUUUUCUAGCUAUGCCUUGCAUCAGAUCUGGUUUGAAUUCACCUUUCUUGAAGAAUCUUAACAAUACUAUAGGCAGAAUUCCAAGUGAGAUCUCUUCAAUACUCUGGUGUCACUCAUCUUUUCAAACCUCUCCAGGAGAUCCUGCUAAUAUAUCUCUGAAUUAAGUCUUCCCUUCUGCAAAAUCCACUGUUCCCUCCAUGUUUAAUCUGCAUGGCUUCUGUUUUAUUUCUUGUGUAUAAUCCUCUGAGGUCAUACUUAAGAGUAAUAAUAAAUUGGGAUUCAUUUGACUGUCUCUGUCCCAAGACUUUUAUAGAGAUGAGGAUUACUCCUGCUUUCCUUUGGAUGGCGUGAGAUCUGCUUAAUUUCAUGUCUCUUCAUAUGAGCAGCUAAUGAUCAUUUUUAAGAGUAAGAUCUAAGUGCAUCCUUACUUUUAUACUUUGAAGUUGACUGACUAGGAAAUGAAGUAUAGUUGCAGUAAAGGUGCUAAAACUGUGCAGAUUUGUUAAAAUAAUAAAUAAUCAAAGACAAUAAAUAAUGACUGAGGAGGAAACAAAUUACACUGCUCACAGUACAUAUAAUCCAAUGUAUUUCACAACUGUCAGUAAUAAAUGUCAAUCUUUAUUAAGGAACAUACACAAAAUGGUUCUUUAAAUCCUAGGUGUGCAACUGAGAAACACACGUUUCUUUGUUAUUUUACUUCAGGGAUCUAUAUGUGCUCAAAAUGAGUCAUAUUAAAUGACUAUUGGUGAAUUGCAACUAACCAAGCAACGUUUCUGUCCUUAAACAAGAAUUAGAUUGCCCAAAAGAGACUGAAAAUUGCCAUAAAACAGCAGCUAAGAAAGCUUUAAGGAUGAGAAACUUCUGAAGAGCAUUCUAUAGUUUGAGAGGGAGAUUAAUCAGUGGAGCUAUAGUCUGCCAUCUGUGACACGUGGAAACCAGCUCAGUAUGGCCACUAGGGAGUUUUUAGGAAUGGAGAAGCUGAUUGUUUGUGUGGACAAAAGGCCAAAUGCUCUCUGUAGACUGAUUUGUUUUCCAUGGGCUGGAGGUGGCACUUCUCUACUUGCUCAGUGGGGCAAACUAUUAAGCAACUCAAUUGAAGUGUUCUGCAUAAGGUAUCCUGGAAGAGAAACUCGUCUUAAUGAGCCUUUUGCGAAAGACAUGACAAGCAUGGUUAACGAGAUUACAAGUGUUUUGUUAAAAGAAUUGCAAGAAAAACCAUUUGCAUUCUUUGGUCACAGUUUUGGAUCUUACCUGAGUUUUGCAGUUGCACUACAUUUGAAAGAAAAGUAUGGACUAGAGCCAGUCCAUCUUUUUGUAUCAGGGGCACAUGCCCCAAAUUCUGAAGCAAUUCUUCCUUACAAAACCAUUUCUGUAGCUGAUACAAACGAUGAAGUAUUUAUUGAUUAUCUACAAACGGUAGGAGGAACUCCUUCUGAGCUUCUGCAUAAUGAAGACAUUAGGAAACAUCUUCUGCUUACUUUUAAAGGAGACUUUAAAGUGCUUCAGACAUUUUCGACUACUUUUUAUGUUCACAGUUUUGAGAAGGCAGAAAUGGAUAUCCCCUUCUCUUGUGAUAUUACCUGCUUCAAUGGGGGUGAUGAGAAGCCAUAUGAUUUACAAGGUUGGCAAGAACUAACAAGUGGAGAUACAUCCUUUUAUGAGCUUCCUGGAGGUCACUUUUAUCUGCUGGAACCCUCUAAUGAAAUUUUCUUGGCAAAACACAUAACAAGAUGCAUAGAAAAUGCUGGUCUAUGAGUAUUUCCCUCACUUUUAAUAGCAGAAGGUGUAAUAUUAGUCCACAGCACUUCAUAAUAAGUCAUUAUUUCAGUACAUUGCACGCAGUUAUGCCUAAGGGUUGUUCUGUUUGUCCUUUGUAAUUCUUUAAAAGGGGGAGUUUUCCUGGGUUUUUCUGAAAAUAAACA